AUGGAGACUAAAUCACAAAAUUCCUUAUUGAACCGUAUACAAGGCACUUCUGGAGUAAAUGUGGAGGAUUUGGAAUGCAUUAUUUGCACUAAUCUUCUCUGGAAACCUAUCGCUUGUAAUAAUUGUGAUAGCUUAUACUGCUCUGAGUGUAUCAAGAGUUGGCUUGUCAAAAGUCCAGGAAAUUGUCCACAGUGUCGAGAUUAUGCUGAACGAAGAUGUUCUCCAUUUGUAAUAAAACAACUGGCCAAACUGCAAUUUGGAUGUAUUAACCAACCAAAUGGAUGUCCAGAGAUAAUUGGAUACGAAGCACUUGAGAAACAUGAAAUAGAAUGUGGUUACAAACUUCAACAGUGCUCUGGUUGUCAUUCGACAGUAUUGGAAAAAGAGUUAUCAAAACAUCAGGAUAAUUGUGGCUCGAUUGGAAUGAACUGUUCGGAAUGUAAUGUUACGUACUUCAGACGUGAUGCUUCGUCACAUACUGAAAAUACAUGUUUACGUGAGCAACUUCGUCAAUUUCGACAAGAUUCCGUUGUUUAUAAACAACAGCAAGCUGAAAUGAUCAAUAGAUUGACGACACAACUGGAACAGCAGAAAGUUGACAUUCAAACACAUGAAAGGAGAAUCGAAGAGCUCUCUGAACAACUAAAUCAACUACCUAACAAGUUCAUGAAAAAACAAUUCGCUACUCCUGGUACCUAUGCGGAGCUCCCUUGUAAAGGGCGUGCUUGUGCGAGUUGUAGUAAAUGUCGUGACUGGUACUUUACUGGUGAUCCGGCAAUAUGGAAAUGGCUCCAAGGUCAAAAGAAUCUGGAAUGGAAAGAUUGGAAAGCAGAUGAUCAUCAGCGUUGGCAGAAUGAGGGUAUUUGGGAACAAUUCGCGGCUCGUGAUGAAAAAACAUGUAUUUAUGCUGCUGCUGCUGCUGCUGCUAUUGCUAGUCCUGCUGCUGCUAUUGCUAAUCCUGCUGCUGCUAUUGCUAAUCCUGCUGCUGCUAUUGCUAAUCCUCCUUAUCCUUAUCGUUAUCGUAUUUUUAAUCGUAGAAGGCCUCAUCCUCCUACUUGUUUAUGUGCGGAUAACGUUGUUAGUUAA